UAAGGCGUCCAACUUGUCAACAACUUUGUCAGUUGUGCUUCGCGUCCCCGUGACCUUCGCGACUGCCGUGACCUUGCCCUUUGAACGACGUCCUCGCCCCUCCCCCCAAAGUGCACCUUAUCAAUAAAGUGCGGCCGCUUUUGGGACGUCGUCGGCGAGGCAAACGUGCUUCGUUAAGCGUGUAAAAAACAGAACAUUUUGUGGGGCGUCAUUGAAGGGAAGGGGGCAUAUUUGCCUCCAAAUGGUCUUUCCCCAUCCGCACUCGGGAGUUGUGGAAAUGCACUUGAAACUGAGCAACUUCCUUCUCGGUUCCUCCCAAACGCAAGCCGACGUCGGCGUUUGAUUGUUGUUUUGUUUGCUUCGAGCGGACCUCAAACUGCACCACUUUUGUUUUUGUUUUUUCACGUCGCGUUUCAGGGCACUCGACGCAGUCGAACAAUCGGUCUUGCAGAAGUGAACGCACCCUCGUCUGAGUGUUGAUUGUGCUUUUUUGCGUCGCACCUGCAAGCUCGACGUCUUUGCAUCCUAAUUGCCUUUCUCGUCGACGUCGCCAAUGCUCUUAAAAGCAGCACGACUUGCGAAUCUGAAAUGUCGAUUGCUUGUGAACAGACCACUCCCCCCCCCGACCACCACCCCCCUCCAAAAAUGUUUUGCAUUCCGCCCAUACAUGAAGCAGACGAGAGCGUCGGUGCUUCUCGGUUCCUGCCGCGAAAGUGACGAGCGGCGGCGCUUACGUGACACUCCAGCGGAGGAUUUAUUUGAAUUCCCACAGCAAGAAGGAGCAGGAGGGAUGGAGCAGAAGCGGGAGAGGUCUCCACCCCUCCGGUGACGUCAUGCGGCAGAGAGGCGCUUUUUGCACGCCCGGCUCGGUUGACGUCGCGGGCUCGCUUGUGCUUCUGGCUGUCGAUGCAAACCGGCGGCGGGACGACGCGAGCGCCACUUCGGAUUCGGACACGCACCGGAAAAGUAGCGAGCGAGCGCGAGCGCGCGCGCGCGCCGAGUCUCGCGUCGUCUUUUUCCUUCCGUUUCUUCUUUUCCUUUUCUGCUCUCGCUCGAGGUCGGAUUGCGGCGAGAAUGGAGCUCCCCGCCGCCGGGGGGCACGUCUUCGCGGUGGAGGGCAUCGAGAAGAAGCGAAUUCGCAAGGUAAGGCGCACGCACGGCGGCGCGUUGCGGGGAAAGCAAGCGAAAGCGAGACCGACGGUGCACGUCUCGCAGUGGCGCGUUGCAAGCCAAGCCUCCGGGGAAACAUGUUGUUGUUGUUGUUGUUGUUUUUCUUUUUCUGUGUGUCUUCCGCCGCAGGGGAAGAUCGAGUACCUGGUCAAGUGGCGGGGGUGGUCUCCCAAAUACAACACAUGGGAGCCAGAAGAAAACAUCCUUGACCCGCGCCUCCUUGUGGCAUUUCAGUACAGGGAGCGGCAGGAGCAGCUGAUGGGAUAUCGUAAACGGGGGCCCAAACCAAAACAUCUUCUGCUGCAGGUGCCUUCGUUCGCCCGGAGAUCGAGUAUCCCCGCGGGCUUCGAGGAAUCCUCCGCGGACGCGGAAGACGGCCCGAAGUCCGACACCGCCCCGGUCCGGCGCUCCCGGCCCCAGCGGUACCAGCUGAACAGCAAGAAGCACCAUCGGUACCAGCCCGGCGGCCGGGAGGUGCCCGUCGAGCAGCCGGCCGACGGCAAGAAGAAGUACAUCUAUCGGCUCAACGGCAAGAAGCACCACCGCUACGAGCCUGACCCCAACAUGUACGACGCUCAGGCCUCCGGGCCGAAGAAGGCGGUCAGAGUUCAGGAAGCGGCCGGUCGGCCCGCCGACGCCGGCUGGGAUCUGCCUCUUGCGCUGCAGCAGAAAUGGGUUCGUGACAAAGACACGGGCUGCUCGAGCAAAGCGAAAGAGCUGGCAGCGGCGGUCGGAAAACCUGCUCCCAAAGUCGCGGAAAGCGAACGAGCGCUGAAGCCCAAUCCCAAGGACGCCACCCUGCCGACUUCUGUUAGCGGCAAAAUGAAGAUCAUCAAGAACAAAAACAAGAACGGACGAAUUGUUAUUGUCAUGAGCAAGUACAUGGACGGCAAUAAAGUUCACGGAGCAAAGGCCAAACACGGCGAAUCGUCGAGCGGAGAGAAAAGCCAAAACAAUCCCGCGCACGCAACCGAAAUGGUGGAGAACGGCAUUCCCAAAGAGAUGUGCAGCAGCAGUUCCCUCCCCGCCGCAGAACACCCCCAAAAGUGCUCCUCCAAGGACAGACAUUUCUUCAAGCCUUCGCCCAGCACGGCGGAGGAGUAUAACACAGAGGUCGCCCGGGGUCAGGCCGACUUACCCGACGAUCUGCCGCUCCGGCUGACCGCCGGCUCGCCCCCGACGUCUUGGCCGGCCGACGGCAACGUGGCCACGCCCGCCGUCGCCGACCCCAUCAGGAUUCCGUCCUACCCCGGCAGCCGGAAGAGGAAACUCUCCGAGCCCGCGGCCGAGCGCGGGGUUUCCGAGACGCCGUUUACUUCCGGGAGCCUCGGCGUUUCCAGAGCUUUCCGGCUCAGUCCGCCUCAGGACAAGCCUAUGGACCUCCACUGCGCCGGACGCGUCGGAACGCACGCGGCGGACCGCGGCGGCGGCCAGGAGGAGCCGAUGGAUCUGAGCCGCCCGAAGACUAAGAGGCGGACGGGGCCGGAAGUCGGACCCGAGCCCGAGCCGCGGCCCGAGCUUCGACCCCGACCCGAAGCGGCUCCCCGAGUCGAGGCCGCGCCGACGCCCGCCGUCCGAGAAGCCGGCCGGCACUCGCAGAAGACCGCUCAAAAGAUCUCUCCUUUUAUGGGCAAUAUCGUCAUCACUGAUGUGACAACAAACAGUCUGACGGUCACCUUCAAGGAGUACGUUUCUUUCCGAGGAAGCCGCUGACUCCUUCUGUCCAUUUGUGCAUACUGUAAAAACAUGGAGAUUUUGUACAUAUGCAAAGUUAUAAUUUAUCAUUCAAAUUGAAUAGGUUUCUUACAAUGUUUUAUACUGUAACUCUGAAACGUAGCCAAGCGAGUGCCCUCGAGGAUUUGAGUGAACACACGAAACGGGACGUAUUCCGCUAGUCUGUAUGCUGUUGUCUCAUACCUGUACCACACUUGUAAUCUCAGAUGUAUGAAGCUCGACACCGAUUUUUUGGGAAUCGAUCGGAUGGAUCAUUCGGGCGCGCUACAGAGGAACUUGUCGGGUCGACAGAGAUCGAGGAUCACGUUGAAAGCACUUAAUGACCUUUUCGCCUGCCCCUUAUUGUCAUUUGCCGUCAUUACUGGGGGACAAACCGCCGCUCUCUCUGAAGACAUUGUCAUCGGUUCGGACUCGAUUCGGGGAGGAGCGUUCGAACCGAUGAAUCGAUCGUUAGAAUUUCGGUCGAUUGUGUGGACUUGCCAGUGGAUCGAUCGUGUCCUGAAGCGACUCAUUGAUCAUUCGUCAAGGAAAUGGAGUCAAAUGCCCAGCCCGGGUUCUUACCCGUUAGGGAUCAGGCAGAUACGGUUCCACACAGAAAAGUGUCAUCUCGCGAACGCGCGAUUCCACACCUUAUUAGCAUUAUUCAUCUCAGCUCCUUGGUCAAGCUUAUGAAUAUUACGUGAUCUGAGAAGGCACGUGACUGCUGUUUGUUCGGGGUUGCGAAUUACUCGUCGAAGCUUUGCCGCAUCCGGUUAAACAAUUUAUCGUGAGCGCUAGCUGUUUUGUUUUAUGCCGCUGAGAACGCAGAUGUCGAGUCUGUCGGACGUACAGUGGGAAUCACCUUCUCUACGCACACUGAAUGCAAAACCAGUUGAAGAAUGCUAAAAUCCUACGAGAAUGAAACGGAAACGAGCAUAUUUAUUGAAUUUGUCGCGGAAGAAGCUGCAAAUGAUCUUUUAACAAAUGUUUUCGUGUGUCCGAUGACUAAUUUGGCUUCUCUCGGUCUUUUUUGGUUUCGCUUUAACGAAGAUCGUCAUGACGCUGGUGAGGAGGGAGUCUCUUGGCUUACUGCUGUCGGCGCAGUUUCACAAUAAAGAAAGAGAAGUUGUUA